CAAAGCACUUCAGUAUAGCGGACGCUUUGAGCUACAACCUGAAUGUGAUCUCUUCAUAGAACUGUCGGGAUCCCAGACUAACUGCGGAAGGCAGACUCUUGGGAAUCGAAUGAAGAAACACGUUUUGCUUCUUUUCACAUAUAGAGGACUCGUAAGAAAAGGGAAAAAAAGUAAAAGAAGAAAAUGGCCAGUUUUAUAUUACGGGAUGCCGAACCCAAGGACGUGCCUGACUUACUGCGACUCAUAAAGGAACUGGCUAAAUAUGAAGCUAUGGAAGAUCAGGUUAUGCUGACUGAGAAAGAUCUGCUCGAGGACGGAUUCGGAGAUCACCCGUUCUACCACUGCGUCAUCGCGGAAGUGCCGAGGGACCAGCGGAGCGCAGAGGGGUAUGCUGUGAUUGGUUUUGCCAUGUACUACUUCACCUAUGACCCCUGGAUUGGAAAGCUGCUGUACUUGGAGGACUUCUAUGUGAUGAAGGAGUACAGAGGCUUUGGAAUUGGGUCUGAAAUUCUGAAGAAUCUAAGUCAGACAGCGGUGAAGACGCGCUGCAGCAGCAUGCACUUCAUCGUGGCCGAAGGGAACAAGAAAUCCAUCGAGUUCUACAAGCGGCGCGGCGCGUCUGACCUCUCACUACAGGAGGGCUGGCGGCUCUUUAAGAUCAACAAAGAGCACCUGCUUAAGAUGGCCGUUGAGGAGUGAUCUAAGUCAGUUUUGGAUUGCCCCUUGAAAGGGGCAGGGGAGCACACAAAAUGCAUAUCCUAUAAUCCUGUGGGCUUUUAAACUGAUUCUUCUUUCAUCACAACAUAGUGCUUUUAUCAUAACUGUGUUUUCUGAUUUUUAGCUUGUAGAUCAGUCAGUGCAUUUUGAAAAUAAUAAAAAUAAUGAAACUGCUUUAAUUCCAAUUCUUGUUGGAAAACAGACUACAGUAAAAUUCUAGUUUUGUCAGUGUACAUACAGAACUGUGAACAAUUCUUUGUCAUUUGUUUUCUACAUUUUGUGUUUGUGUAACAAAGUCAUUUAUGUAACAAGUCCACAUCAGUCUGUACCUGGCACCAUGUCAGUUGUGUCCUCUCCAAUACAUUACCCUAAAUUA